AAAAGCAGCAGUACUGAUAGACCCAGCCCAGUCAACUCCUCCAGUACUGAUAGACCCAGCCCAGUCAACUCCUCCAGUACUGAUAGACCCAGCCCAGUCAACUCCUCCAGUACUGAUAGACCCAGCCCAGUCAGCUCCUCCAGUACUGAUAGCCCCAGCCCAGUCAACUCCUCCAGUACUGAUAGACCCAGCCCAGUCAACUCCUCCAGUACUGAUAGCCCCAGCCCAGUCAACUCCUCCAGUACUGAUAGCCCCAGCCCAGUCAGCUCCUCCAGUACUGAUAGCCCCAGCCCAGUCAACUCCUCCAGUACUGAUAGACCCAGCCCAGCCAGCUCCUCCAGUACUGAUAGACCCAGCCCAGUCAGCUCCUCCAGUACUGAUAGACCCAGCCCAGUCAACUCCUCCAGUACUGAUAGACCCAGCCCAGUCAACUCCUCCAGUACUGAUAGACCCAGCCCAGUCAGCUCCUCCAGUACUGAUAGACCCAGCCCAGUCAACUCCUCCAGUACUGAUAGCCCCAUCCCAGUCAGCUCCUCCAGUACUGAUAGACCCAGCCCAGUCAACUCCUCCAGUACCGAUAGCCCCAGCCCAGUCAACUCCUCCAGUACCGAUAGCCCCAGCCCAGUCAACUCCUCCAGUACCGAUAGCCCCAGCCCAGCCAGCUCCUCCAGUACCGAUAGCCCCAUCCCAGUCAACUCCUCCAGUACCGAUAGCCCCAGCCCAGCCAGCUCCUCCAGUACCGAUAGCCCCAGCCCAGUCAACUCCUCCAGUACUGAUAGACCCAGCCCAGUCAGCUCCUCCAGUACUGAUAGACCCAGCCCAGUCAACUCCUCCAGUACUGAUAGACCCAGCCCAGUCAGCUCCUCCAGUACUGAUAGACCCAGCCCAGUCAACUCCUCCAGUACUGAUAGACCCAGCCCAGUCAACUCCUCCAGUACUGAUAGACCCAGCCCAGUCAACUCCUCCAGUACUGAUAGACCCAGCCCAGUCAGCUCCUCCAGUACUGAUAGACCCAGCCCAGUCAACUCCUCCAGUACUGAUAGACCCAGCCCAGUCAACUCCUCCAGUACUGAUAGCCCCAGCCCAGUCCGCUCCUCCAGUACUGAUAGCCCCAGCCCAGUCAGCUCCUCCAGUACUGAUAGCCCCAGCCCAGUCCGCUCCUCCAGUACUGAUAGACCCAGCCCAGUCAGCUCCUCCAGUACUGAUAGACCCAGCCCAGUCAGCUCCUCCAGUACUGAUAGCCCCAGCCCAGUCCGUUCCUCCAGUACUGAUAGCCCCAGCCCAGUCCGCUCCUCCAGUACUGAUAGCCCCAGCCCAGUCCGCUCUUCCAGUACUGAUAGCCCCAGCCCAGUCAGCUCCUCCAGUACUGAGCCUUUGUUCACCUCCAGUCCCCAUCCGCCCAGGUUGAGGUGA